AUGGGCGAUCAAGUCUACAUUCAGCCAAGUGUUUACGAGAAGAACACGAAGAUGUUCUAUGCAGAAAACGACUUGAUCCGAGUGUGCAUACGAUGCCGAUCUAGUUUUCAAGUAGAAAACGAUGGAUUACAGAGAAUCUCGAACUCAAAAUAUGUUUGCAAAGAUUCAAAUGGAAUGAUGUACAGAUUUCAUAUUCACAAUCAACAUCCAAUGGAAAAUUUGAAGAAAUUCAAGAGAGCUCCAAAAGUGACAGGAUCCAACUGGAAUAUGUCUGGAAAAAUGUACGCAUUGGAUGUCGAGUCCGUCUACACAAGUCAUGGCCAAGCGGUGGGUCGGGUUACUGUAGUUGACUGUUUUGGAGCUACUGUAAUCGACGCCAUCGUGAAACCGAAAGAUGCAGUGCAUGACUGUGUCACUAAAUACUCUGGACUCACCCUGGAACAUUUCAAAUAUGCGACAGAAACCAUCGAAUCGAUUCGCGAGAAGAUCUUCGAUUAUAUCAAUGAACAGUCCAUUCUCGUGGGACAUGCAUUGAAUGGAGAUCUGAAAGCGUUGGGAAUCAUUCACGACAAUGUAAUCGACACAUCUAUUUUGUAUUCUGUCAACGGAAGACGUCCAUCUCUACGUCAGUUGACUUCCACUCAUCUGAAAUAUGAAAUUCAGAAUGGAUCAGGUGGGCACUGUUCGAAGGAAGACGCCGUGGCUUCUCUUCAAUUGGUAUACUUCGGAGCCAUGAAUCCUACUUCUUUGUCUCCAUUCUACCAAGAAUUUUAA